UUGUUGCUUAGCAAUUAAAUGUAUGCACGUAGCAGCAGCACUGACAAAGAUGCUAAUAAAAAGUGACAAGUUAGAUCUCCAGAAAAAAAUACACGAUUAAGAAAAAAAUAUCUGUCAAGAUACUGGAGCAACAGCGAAUGGUACAUAUGGGUAGAUCGUGUCCCUCCUGAAGGCAAGAUCUUCAGGUACUGACCACUAGAGGGGCUGAGAUGAUGGAAAUAGAAGGUAUCCACAUUUAUAGCAUGGGCUACAGACACACAGUUGUGCAAACAUCAUGCUUUACACUCUCAAAUUAAAGCUUAAAAACCUCCAAGGAAGGAAAGGAGGCCAGAUUGGAGGGGGAGGAGGUGAGAGGAAGGAAACGGGUGGAGAAAACCACUAUAUUCCCAAGAUGCAAGGAAAGUUGAAAAGUAGAAGAAAAAAUAUAUUAAAUCAGUGUAAACUAAGAGAGUCACAGUGUACACUCUGUGGGGAGCCUGAAGAUUUGGAUUCUCUAACAGGGCAUGCAUUUCCAGAAGAAGAGGGUGGCGAUCUGCUCAAGUCGAGCUUCAGUUUUCCAGGGACGCCAGAGGAGGAGCUAGACCAGCAGUACUCAUGGUCGCCUUCUCAGCACUUCAAUGAAGAAAGAUACUCUCCUGCUCCGAGGAAUAUGAAAGGAUUAUCUGGUAGUCGCAAUCAACCACAGUUAUGUUCAGCUCAUACUUGUGGCUUAGCAUCCCCUGAAGAUUGUGACCAUACCCACGACCUUAUCCACCAUGGGCAGGAGCCAAGGCCGUCGUAUCUCCUCAGCCCCACGGAGAGCUGCCCGCUGGACCACCACCGUUGCUCCCCCCGCAGCUCCAUUCAUUCUGAGUGCAUGAUGAUGCCCAUGGUAAUGGGCGAUCACAUGUCCAGUAGCACUUUCCCCAGAAUGCACUACAGCUCGCAUUACGACUCCAGAGACGACUGCGCCAUGUCUCACGGUAACCCUAAGAUUAACCGUAUUCCUGCAAAUCUUUUGGACCAGUUUGAGAAGCAGCUUCCCCUUCACCGGGAUGGGUUUCAUACUUUACAGUACCAGCGGACCUCAACCGCUGCGGAGCAGCGCAGCGAGAGCCCGGGCAGGAUUCGCCAUCUCGUUCAUUCCGUCCAGAAACUUUUUACUAAAUCUCAUUCUCUGGAAGGAUCCUCCAAGGGAAAUGUUAAUGGAACAAAGGGAGACAGUCGAGGGGACGAUCAUCAUCAUGGGCACCAUUCCAAGCAUAGUAAAAGGAGUAAAAGUAAGGAGCGAAAACCAGAAGGCAAGCAUAAAUCUGGAAUGAGUAGCUGGUGGAGCUCCGAUGAUAAUUUGGACAGCGAUAGCACUUACCGAACCCCUAGUGUGGUAAAUAGGCACCAUGCAGAUCAUAUAUCCCAUUGCUACCCUGAGGCACUCCAGGGGCAUUUUGGGGAUCUCUCAUUGAAGACUUCCAAAAGUAACAAUGAUGUGAAGUGUUCAGCUUGUGAAGGGCUACCAAUGACCCCUGACAGUAAAUACAUGAAAAGGAGUUCUUGGUCCACACUUACAGUAAGUCAGGCUAAAGAAGCUUAUCGCAAAUCAUCACUGAACUUAGAUAAGCCCCUGGUUCAUCAGGAAAUCAAACCUUCUUUGAGGCCGUGCCAUUACCUUCAGGUACCUCAGGAUGAAUGGGGAGGAUACCCAGCUGGUGGGAAAGAUGAAGAGAUCCCAUGCAGAAGAAUGAGGAGUGGGAGCUAUAUUAAGGCCAUGGGAGAUGAAGAAAGUGGAGAUUCUGAUACAAGCCCCAAGACAUCACCAAAAUUAUCUGUUCGGCCAGAGUCAUUAUUAAAAUCCAUUGGGCAAAGACCACUGGCAGAUCAUCAAAAUCAGAGCUACCUUCAAACUGCAAGUGACGUGCCUGGGGGUCACAACCUGGAUCCCUCUGCAAACUACAAUUCCCCAAAGUUUCGCUCAAGGAAUCAGAGCUAUAUGAGAGCAGUGAGCACGCUCAGUCAGGCCAGCUGUGUUAGUCAGAUGAGUGAAGCAGAGGUUAAUGGGCAAUUUGAAUCGGUGUGUGAAUCAGUGUUUAGUGAAGUUGAAGCUCAGGCAAUGGAUGCCCUUGACCUCCCUGGAUGUUUCCGAACAAGAAGCCACAGUUACUUGCGUGCCAUUCAGGCAGGCUAUUCCCAAGAUGAUGAAUGUAUCCCUGCGCUGACAUCCUCCAACAUCACCUCAACCAUCAGGUCAACCACAGCUGUAACUUACACAAGUUACAAGAAAACUCCACCGCCAGUCCCCCCCCGCACCACUUCCAAGCCGCUGAUCUCCGUGACGGCGCAGAGCAGCACGGAGUCCACGCAGGACGCGUACCACGACGGCCGGGCCCAGCGGAUAGCGCCGUGGCCGCAGGACGGGCGAGCCAUGUACAACUCCACCGACAGCCUGGACAGCAACAAGGCCAUGAACCUGGCCCUGGAGACGGCGGCCGCGCAGCGCCACGCGGCCGAGAGCCAGAGCACCUCCAUACGCACCAGUGACAAGGCCAUCCUCGUGACAAAAGCUGAGGAGUUCCUCAAGAGUCGCCGCUCCUCCAUAGGGAUCCAGGUGGAAACAGCAACUGAUUCAGAUACUGAAAGCAGAGGCCUACGGGAAUAUCAUUCUGUUGGAAUUCAAGUGGAAGAUGAAAAACGACACGGACGAUUCAAGCGCUCGAACAGUGUAACAGCAGCUGUGCAGGCUGACCUGGAACUGGAGGGUUUUCCAGGACACAUCACCAUGGAAGAUAAGGGACUUCAAUUUGGCUCAUCAUUCCAGCAGCACUCAGAGCCCAGCACACCCACCCAAUAUAGUGCAGUGAGAACUGUACGGACACAGGGACUGUUCAGCUACAGAGAAGAUUACAGGACCCCAGUUGACACCUCAAACCUUCCACCACCAGAGCCCUGGCUGGAGCCAGCCAUCGAGACAGUCGAGACCGGCCGAAUGUCUCCUUGUCGGCGUGACGGAUCUUGGUUUAUGAAGUUACUGCACACCGAGACUAAGAGAAUGGAAGGAUGGUGCAAAGAAAUGGAAAGAGAAGCAGAAGAAAAUGAUCUUUCUGAAGAAAUCCUAGGUAAGAUCCGAAGUGCUGUUGGAAGUGCUCAGCUCCUCAUGUCUCAGAAAUUCCAGCAAUUUUAUUGGCUUUGUCAGCAAAAUCUGGACCCGAGUGCCAUGCCAAGACCAACUUCCCAGGACCUUGCAGGUUUCUGGGACUUACUGCAGCUCUCAAUUGAAGAUGUCAGCAUGAAGUUUGAUGAACUGCACCAGUUGAAACUCAAUGAAUGGAAAAUAAUAGAAUCACCUGAAAGGAAGCCAACGGGUUGGUGGAUGGAAGAAAGAAAGAUUCCUCCUCCUGUACCAAAGAAGCCCCCAAAAGGAAAAUUCCCUAUCACAAGAGAAAAAUCUCUGGACCUACCUGACAGACAGCGGCAGGAAGCCAGAAGACGGCUGAUGGCUGCCAAGCGGGCAGCCUCUUUCCGGCAGAAUUCAGCCACAGAGCGUGCAGACAGCAUUGAGAUCUAUAUCCCAGAGGCUCAAACCCGGCUUUAAAGACAGAAUGCUGCAGAGUUCCUUUUUUUAAACAAAAUGCUUGUACAGUUUGUCACUUACCUGGUAAUUUUUGUCUCAUUCUCUCCACUAAAUAUACCCUUGAUGUUGUGUUCUUUGUGCCAUAAGCACAGUGGAAUGCUUUUGAUUUCCUCAGAAUUUGCUGAGCUCACCGCAAGAACGACUUCUUUUUGUAUUUAUUGUCUGACUUACAAUCAGCUACAAUGGAUAGGGCUUGUCAAGACCUGACUUAUCCAAUAUAUUCUCAGAGGACAACAAGAAACACCUCUUGAGAUGGAACCCAGCUUACUUUUUGUUAUUUAUAUUUUUAUAAAAUGUGUGAUAAUUAGGGAUAAGAAUAACAAACUAUAAAUGGGUGCAUCUCACCAUUCACUAGAGGCAUUAGCUAAUCCAAGUAGAAGGUGCUACAAAUGUAAAGAGCAGGAAAGAAAGAACCCAUUUAUCUCCUUGACCUUCAGUUUCUUUUCCUAGAAUCCAGCUAACAUAUUUACCCAUGCGCUCUGCCACUCUUCUCAUCUUUGUUACUGCAAAAUAACAUUAGGCCUCUCAUCUCAUUCAAGUUUCUGGAGAUGAACAGGGAUAUCCAGCCACUAAAACUCCAAAGUUCAUCAGAAACCAAGAAGCAUACAAGUCUGGUGAUGGUGGGAAUGUCCACUGAGAAACGUUUGCUGUUAGCAGUAUAACGACACUUUGAAACCUAAGCAAAAUUGUAAUGCAAGAGGACUUGAGUGAUGGUGAAAGGAAAACGGAAGCCUUAAAAAGUUAGAUCUUCUGUAGUAAGACGAGUAAAGAAAAAGUUAUACUUGCUCCUUUGGACCACUCAUUGCAUUUUUAACUGUUCUUUUACAUGUUAAUAUUUAUUUUAUAAACCUUCUCUCUUUCAUUUCAAGAGCUGUGCUAUAUGUACUAUUUCAAACUCUCAAAUUGUUAUAACAAUUGAGUUUCCAGGGUAUCCUUGAGAACAAAAAAAAUCUUGCUUGUUUAAAAUGCCAGUUGUGAUGUUGUAAACAGUUUAAGAAAUAUGAAUGUGAGUGGUAAGUAUAUAUAAGUUUAAAUGGUUAUGUUAAGGUAAAGGUGAACUGUGGUUUACAGUUGUAAUUUUUUUUAGAACUAUUUUUCUAUGCAGUAUCAUUUAUGGCAAGAAUAAGUUUCUUGCUUGCUUCAGACAUAGGAAAAAAAAAAAACUGACUCAAGAGAUAAGUGCAUAAGGAAAAUAAUAAAUUUUCAAGCCUCAUAUUGUCAGAGAGAAGUGGUAGCUACCACAGUCAAGAGGCUUUCAUUUAAAACAAAUUUAGGACAGAAUUAUUCCACUUCACCUACCUUCCAGAGCCAACCAAGCAGUCCAGCACCUAGAAGUCUUCAGGUGAAGAUGCAAUAAAAUGAGCAACAUGCAGCCCCCAAUACCAAGGUUUGAAUCUUAUUGAACACAAGUUUAGGUGAAAAGAAUGAGAACCCAGUGAGACAGACAGCCCCAGCUACCACAUUCCCCGUUUACCUGCUUUAACAAAUGCAAUGUAUUUAGCCAUAGGCAGAACAAUUCUUUAAUUAUACUCAAGCACUUUGGUUCUUCACCUGUUGAGCACUUUAAAUCCAAAUCCCAUACACCCUGCAGCCUGAUGGUUGAGUGAAAACGUGAAGUACCAUAGGUUUUGCAGAUCUGACAUUAUUUCCAAUCUGUUUUCUUUUGUUUGGUUGCUUGGUUUUUUCACUCUUUUUUCCCAGUGUGUGGUAUUAAGCAUGAGUUCUGUCUUUGGACAACUGAUAAAGCAUGCUUGGCUUCAAAGUACGAAUCUUUAGAGAUGAAGUUUUGAGAAGUUCCUGUGAGAAGACACCCCUGUAAAUUGAGCCUGGUAUCUGGUAUAUACUUUACCAAAUAGCCUUAAACUAUAUUUGAAGCAAAAACCAAGACGAAUGUAUAUCCUUCAAGAAUGCAAAAAAAAAAAAAAAAGGACAAAAAAAAAGAAAAAAAGGAAUAAAAAAUAAUAAAUCCCUGAAAUAUUCUUCUAUAGAUGAAAACAUUAUAUUUCCCAUCCCUUGCGUUUUCGAGGCAUUUUCUAUUAAGGAAAGAGCUGAAUCUGAGGCAGUGUACAAUAUUGAUGCUAUUUCCUAUAUUUGUUGUACUAUUUUAAAUACAGAAGUACAUGCAGAGACUGGCAUCUUUAGUCUUGAAAACUGGUAUCCUAAAGUGGAGCUGCUAAUUAGAAUAUCCACACAAAACCAAAGCCAGUAUUUUUCCUAGAUUGAAGAAAUUUAGAGACACACACACCUGUACACAUAUAUACGUAUGGCAGCUGACACGUUUUAUCUAAUUUUCUGCACACUUCCAGGAGGAAUCACUUUACUCACUUGAACCCUUCUACCUGCAGCAACAGGUCAAUUAAGCAAUUAAGACAAGCUGUACCUGAUCCUGCCAGUAAUCAGACUUUAUGAAGACAAAUUGUAAACCAAACAGAUUACAGAUAAACUGAGACUCCAGCUGGCCUAAUAAUGCUGACUUGGAGGAGUCUGUGUUCUACAUUUCCUAUGCUGCUAUAAGAAAAUUCUCAGUAUAAGAUUUAUAAAUCUAUGAUUUCUGUUUGAUCCACCUUGUUCAAACAAACAAAAAAACCAAACAACUAAAAAAACCCACAAAAACAAUUGGAAAAAAAAUCAAAAGUAAACUAGAUGCCUACCAACAAAUUUGAUAAUGUUGUCUGUGCACAUUACAUUUUGAAGUGCAAUAUAUUAAAUUGUUGUACAGGUAACAUUAUAUUUUUUAAGGCAAAUAAGCCAUUUCAAUUUACAUAUUGUACACCUGAUUAGUUUAGAAGGAUAACAUUAUGCUUAUAAUAUUUGUGUUGCAAAUAAAUCGAAGUCAGAUUGCUUCAUUCUCUGACAUGAGAAACACCGUAUCUUAAUAAACAUAUGUCCAGAUCUAUUGUAAUCUGACUCCACAUAACAAAAAUAAAUGUCAGUUACAAAACCAAAGUAGGAGGAAUAGAAAUAAACAGAAAGAUAGGAACUAGAAUGCUUUCUCCUUUGAGAGUUCAUGGUAUAGACCCACUCACAACAGCUGAAUAUAGCAAAAUAGUCUGGUGUUUAAUUAAAUAUUAAUUGGGCUAAUAUGUAUUCUAACACAUUAAAACUAUAGAAAGUCUCUGUUCGUUUAGUCAUUAGUCAUGACUGUAAAACACAAGUAUACUAAACAGAAUUCAGAAAAUUUAAAUAAGGAAAAAGGCCUGAAAGGUAAAAUUGAUAUUUGCCAUACUUAUUUUUGCUUUGUAUAUUUUUUUAGAUUUGAAAUUCUUUGUAAUUUGGUGGAGUACAUUAUGAAGUGUUUUAUUAUUUCACGUCCAUCCAAUUAGAAUGGCCUUUGGCAGAAUGCAAACAUGAACAACGUUGUACAGUUUAAUACCAAAAAAUGAUUAUUUUAAUUCAUGCUUAAACCUUGACAUAUAUUAGAUUUGAAAUCAAUCAGGAAGGAAUUAAAGUGUGCAUAGGAAAGUGCGUGAAUUUCAUAUAUAUAGAUAGAUAUAACAUAUAUUUCAUACGAUGGAAAUUAUUUGUUUUAAAAUAAGCCCACGUCCUGCUGUAUCAGUAAAUUAGUACUCUACUUCCUCAUUACUGCAUCUAGUACAUAGUCAAGGAAUGUUUGGUCAUUGGGUGGUUUUGCAAGUAACUGCUGUGUGACGAGUGUCACGUGUGGCACGGUAUGUCACACGGGGCCUGCAGCCUCCUCGCGGCCUGUGGAAGCACUGCCCUGCAGAGGUUCCUGGCCCCGUGGCACCUCAGGCAGUGUCACCGUUCUGUCCCCGGCCCUCUCCACGCAGGCCCCCUAGACCUCCAAUCAGCCCAGCUCAGCCUUUUACACUCGAAGCCUUGAGCCUGCCCUGCCCAGCUGGUGGGUUUGAUGUCCUCCUCAGCACCUCAGAGCUGGCACCAGUGGCGAGGGCACACUGGAGGCUGUCCCAUCAAGUGCUGGUUUGUGCAUGCCGAUUUGAGGUCUGGAGCUGGUCUGGCAGCUCCGGGUGUCAAACUGUGUGCACUGAAAACUUGUGAAAGCAGAGCCUCAGUGUAAGGGAGCUUAAAUGAAUCGUGAAGCACCGUUACUCCCAUUACUGUUCCUCGAGCAUCUUAUGAUGCAGGGACACCACUGGCCAGCUGCGCUCGAGGUAAGGAAUAUCAGCAAACCCCUUAAUGACUAGAGAGGUGCUUCCUGGUGUAUGACAGGUUGGCACCCACACUUACACAGUGCCUUUCAUCCAGAAGGAUCUCCAAGCACUUUAUUAGCCAACACACAAACUCCAGGCUGGGCUGCAGCUGGGACAGGUAACCCAGCAUGGCGGGAUGCUGGGGGUUCUCCCACCUGUCCCCACGCUGCUGGGAGUUUCCUUCCAUGCUUCCAGCAUCUGGGACCUCACAGUCUGAGCCUGUGCUGAAGGAGAAGAAAAGACUCACUGAACCAAGAGGAAGACCUGAGCAAAGCAGAGAUGAGGGCAAUCAGUGCUCAUACCAUACCCUAGGGAGUAGGCAGGGAGUAAUGAGCAUCAAAUUAAUCUUCCAGAACAAUCUCUGUCUUUUCUGUUCCUGACAAUGGCAGUGAGGUCCUGGCAGUGGAGGAGCUCCCUGGGAGAGUGCCGGAGGAGACUCCUGGCUGGUGCCAGGCACGGAAGCUGAUGGCACCAGCAGCUGAGCCCUCUUGGUCAGGAAUCUUGGCAAGUCUCCCCUUCUCAAGUGCAUUUCCCUCACUUUCUUAGCAGGAGAGAUCCAUCCGGGGUCCUUGCUGCACAAGCAGCCUUCCCCAGGCGCCCUGCUCUCUCCCCAGGUCUGCCUCCAGCCCAGCUAACACGAGGGAUGACGUGGGGCACAGCACUGAGGCAUGACGACUGUGCUUUGGUUUGGGCAGCUGCUCUCUCGUGAGACUCAGCCCCAACCCUAAGGGUUCUUCUAUGGCAGAGCAAUGGGGGCACCUCUCUCUGCAUGGACAGGAUCAGCAGAUGAGAGACCACCAUUUCACACUGCACAGAACAGAGAGAGGAUAUUUACAUGCAUCAGUAUAUACACAUAAUGAUUUUUCACUGUCAAGGUUCCAGAGAACCAGACCCAGGAGCCUCAGUCAACACUCACAUUCCUGUAGAUUGUGCCCCUUUCUUGCAGCUCAUCCUCACAUGGAUGGCUGUGGCAGGUUCAGUGCCUGCUGCAGUCCAUGGCCCAUCAGCAGCUAUUCACCAUGUUCACCUCCAGGGACCAUCUUUCAGGAAUAUGGCAUACUCAUAUGCAUAUACAGAGUCCUGUCAGGAAUUAAGCCCUCUGUAUCCACAGAAAUUGCUUAAUUUAUCUCUGAAAUGCAGCUACCUCUAUGGCAUAAUGCUGUAGCUGUUUAACUACAUAAUAGGCUGUUCAGGACAGCAAGUAUAAAACCAAAAUUGAAAUGGAAUGUUGCCCAAAAGAAAAUUUGGCCAGCAUAUGUGAGCUGAUUCAGCUCCUCUUAAUGAAAUAAAAUUCCAAUAGCUGAAAGGGGCCAUGGCAUUCAUUACUGAAUGUCUUUUCCAACAUAAACGAUUCUAUGAUUCUGUAUCUAAAAAUGGUAUUCCAGAUCUUUUCUCAUUAAAUGCAUAUUGCAUUUCAUAAAAGAUGAUAGCAGACGAAGACUGCACGUUCACUGAUCCACCUUUCCACACCCAGCUUUUGUCCCAUUACCCUUCAUUGCCAGAAGAGAGCUGGGCUUUUUAAGUCAGAUCGUAGUUAAGGUAAAUUAGUCUGUCUACACAGCUUGCUCUUUAACUGAGCAAACACAGAACAGUUUUCAUCAGCUGGCAAUUUAAUUCUAUAUUUUAUUAAGGCCAAAUUGUUAUUUUUCUAAAUUGGUUUUGUUGGACAGGAUUUUUUACUUCUCUAGGUACAAAAACAUGGAUAUUUUCACCUAAGCAUAAAUGAGGAGGAGGCUUAUUUGAAUAUAUAGACAUUAUUCACAAACACAGUCCAUUAGUGAGGAAUUUUCUUCUUCUUACCUUGCCACUCUUUCAUUCAACACAUCAUUUCCCAUUCCUAAAGCUUCACUGUCAUACAAGUUUCUUAUUUGUGAGAUGGAUUAUUGCAGAGCACCGGGCUAAGUUCUGGUCCCAGUUGUAUUAGGAUCAAUGCUCAGAAACUGAAACCAGAAAGAAAUAUCAGAUCUGAAUCAAUAUAAUUCAGAUCAAUAUCUGACUCAGCAAGUCUGAGGUAGGAAGGACUCAAGGUAGCAAGCGUGCCAUUACUUUGUAGGAGCUCAUUUUUCCUUUGAGGAAGGUCAGAGCCAUGCAGAGGGCUCGGUAGCAGAUUUGAGUCUCUGAAGAGAGUCCUCACAAAGACAUGCCAGCUUUGUUUAUAAUUACCAUGGAACUCACAUGCUCAUAUCCAUGCUUUGAAUUAUCCUUUGGAGGUUUAAUAGAAUGGCCAUCUCAUUUUAAAAGGGCUCACCUGUAUGUACUAUUUAGUUAAAUUUAUACAUUAAUUUCCUGACUGAAAUAAAAUUCCCUUUUGACUAGCUUGGCUUAUAUGCUCCAAAACUGUUCUUUCCUGAAGAAAAGCCACUAUGACUGUGCAGAAUUUUCUGUACAGAGACAAAACUCAUACUUUCAUUUACCAUGGACCUGCCAAAAUAAUCAAGUGUGGCCUAAGGACUAAAUUAAAUGCCUCCUGUAGAACUUCAAGGAAUGUUAGAACCAGGAAACUAGCUGUUUAGUUAUCAUUAAAAGUAUAUAUAAAUAUAUAUAAAUAUAUAUACAUAAGAAAUCAUAUCAACAAUGAGGAUGAACUGAGUGCCAAAUAUUCACCAUCUGUAUAAAACUACACUUCACUAGAAUUAAACUAUUUUAUGUAAUUCUUUCUCAUGCUUUUAUGGUUCUUUUGAUAAAUUCUAUUUAGUAGCAUGCAGGAUACCUAAAUUGAAUGUACAGUAUGUUGUUUCAUUGCUACAAUAAUUUAUUGCUUCUCAGUAAUAUCUUCUUUACCAGAAUGUUAUUUGUUACUUUGAAGACAUAUUUGAAAAUUGUUUUAUUAUUGAGUUAUUCUUUUUUUCUUGGUUCUCUACUCACCUCCAGCUGAUUGUAAGAAAAUGUGCUUCACUAUUUUGCCCCAUGGCUCUUUUAUGAAGCUGCCUCUUUCAAUUGGUUUAUGUAUUGUUUAUGUUCAUCUCCUGUAAAUAAUUCUGCAAUUAAAUUUUUUGAGAAAAAAUA